CUUUGUUCCAGUUUGUGCUCGGUAUUCGCGUUCGAAACAACCCUCGUGCUCGAAAUGUGACCCGAAUGCAGCAAAAUGUCCCUGAAGGAGUGGUGAAACAGUCCGAUAAAUUUAAAACUGACCGAUGCAUCUGGCAAAAUGGGGUCUAUGGAACUUAAGCAUAUCCAUGUUGGUCUUCCUGACAAUCUACAACAUAUUUCUCUCGGUGAAGCUCAUGUAUUCGGCAACCUGCGCGACUUUGCCGGCCACAGCCGAUGAUUCCACCUCCAAAAUCGUUCACAAGCAAUGCGAAAUGAAUCCCCAAAGUAUCGAGAACACCGUCCGGACCGAUCGUCCCCCCCGCAGCUUCGGGAACCUAAAUCUCGACCUCGGUAGGCUGGACAACCAGCUCAAAUACAAAAUUUUCGACAACCUCAUCGUGGGCGACAGGUUUGCGGAGCUGAAUAAAGUUUUCUCCACUUGCUUGGCGACUCAAAGCUCGUUGGACAAGCUGGCGUCCAUAAUCGAGGUCAGCCUUUACUGGGGCGGUCCCAUAUCCUUGGCGGUGUUCGCCACUAAAGAGAAGGAGCUGAACCGUCUCCUGCUGUACAUACUCUACCUUAGGAAAUGCAACGAUCGCAUAAGGGACAAGAUCGCUUUCCACUUGGUGGUACCGGCGGAAAAUGGCCCCAAGAAAUAUCACGUAGACGAGGAGAGGCUAGAGAGGCUCGAGUGCGGCAACCCGGUCGGAGUCUUGAAGAUUCUCCAGAAGGAAACGCAAGAGAAGGUUUAUCCCUCGUGGAAAGCCAGGGUGGCGUAUCCGCAGAACCAUCUGCGCAACGUCGCGAGAAAAAAUUGCCACGCCAGGCACGUGUUCCUCACCGACGUGGACAUCGUCCCCAGCAAGGGGAUGGCCGAACGGUUGAACGACUUUCUGCCAAAGCAAAAAUGCCAAAAGAAAUGCGCAUACGUGGUGCCUACGUACGAGAUAGACGAGAGGGUCCUGUUCCCUCCCAAUAAGACUGAUUUGAUACGGCUGGCCAAGAAGGGCCUCGCCAGGCCCUUUCAUCACAAAGUGUUUAUAUACAACCAGUACGCUACCAAUUUUUCGAGGUGGCAGCAGUAUAAAGAUGGCGACCAGGAGGUGACGGUCAGUCAUAGCGUGACUAAUUUCGAGUUCCUCUACGAGCCGUUUUACAUUGCCUUCGACGCCGCCCCCAUGCACGACGAGCGGUUCAUCGGUUACGGAUACACGAGAAACACGCAGGUAUACGAGAUGUACGUGGCAGGAUAUGAGUUCCUCGUGCUGUCGCCCAUCUUCACGUGCCACUGGGGUUUGCAGGUGAAACGCACGCGGCCAUCUUGGCGCGAGCACCAGAACAGCAUGAACCGCAAACAGUUCGACAAUUUCAAGCGCGAGAUCUUCGCGCGAUACAACAAGGACCCCCUGAACAUGAUGUCGCCCCGGAAGAACUAGAUAUUUUUAGUAAAG